CAAGCAGCAGACCUAAUGGUCAUGGCGGCACCAGAACUGGUGGACGGAAGAGACGAAGAUGGCUUUACUCCUCUACAUCUAGCUGUGAUUGCUGGAAACAUGCAGUUGGUUACGUUUCUUUUGGCCAAUGGUGCUGACGUGAAUGCUGUUGAUAAUGAGAAGCACACUGUUGUCCAUUGGGCCGCAGUAUGUGGAGAAACAGCAGCACUACGAGCAGUACUAGCAGCUGGGGCCCACGUUUCGACACCCGACGUUCAUGGUGGCUAUCCAUUGCAUUAUGCUGCUCAGAUGUGUGGUGGAGAAAGAGAUUCAAACCUCGGCUUGCAAGUUCUCCAAACUCUCCUUCAACAUCCAGAAAUUAAAGUAUCGGUCACAGACGUGGACAAGAGAGAACCCUUACUCUGGGCUGCCAGUGCUGGUUCUGCUAAAGCGGUGCUGGCUCUAAUUCGAGCUGGAGCUACUGUUGAAGCGGCUGAUAAAGACGGUUUAACAGCUUUGCAUUGCGCAGCUUCCAGAGGACACACGGACUGUAUGGAUACUUUGUUGACUUUAUGCGGGGCUUCCGUCGAUAUUAUAGAUACGAAUGGAUGUACAGCUUUACACUAUGCUGUUACUCUUGGGCACGCUGAUGCCACCGCUUUAUUGUUAGCCCACGGGGCUGAUCCCAAUAGACAAGAUAGAAAAGGAAGAAGUCCAGCCCACUGUGGAUGUGCCAAGGGUCAGUUCGAGACAGUUAAACUGAUAGGUUCACAUGGAGCGAACUUAUGGCUUAGAAACGCUCGAGGUGACUUUCCUCUACACGAUGCAGCUGCGUCUGGUAGAAGAGAGUUGGUGAGGUGGCUCUUGGAGAUAAGACCCAGUCAAGUAAACGCAAGAAACAAUGAUGGUCGAUGUUCUCUACAUAUGGCUGCACUGAACGAUAACGCAGACAUGUGCAAAAUUUUGCUGGAUGCCGGUGCCCAAAUCAACCCAGUUCUACGAACUUCCAAAAACGUUUUUAUGACACCCCUAGACUGCGCCCUACAACGAGGUUACAGAUCAACUGCCAAAUAUCUACAGCUUCAUGGAGGAGUACCAGCGAGCAGACUUAGCGAUCCCACUAAAUCACAAGUGAAUAGUGCGUUAAACCUGCAAAUUAGGGACGAUGUUACUUUUUAUGGUGAUACCUCAUCUGAAAGUGAAAGGGAACGAGCUGGUGGUAGUAAAACUGAAGCUAAGACAGUUAGAAAAAGGGUUCCUCAUAGUAGGCAGGAAAAGAAAAAAGUAUCUGUAUCUGGAAGUGAGUCAGAAAAAGCAAAACUUUCACGACAAAAGUCUACCGAUAAACCAGCUACCUCAAAAAGUGAAGACCGAAAAAGAACACCUAGUAGAAUAGACUAUAGCAACGAGAUUACCAUUAAUGGAAAAACUGAAGUAAACAUUUCUCAAAGUGGAGAAAUUGUUUUGGAUAAAGAAUCAGUUCAAACGCAAACAUCCGCUAAAUUUGCAGAAAAGGAUCGAAGACCUAGAAGCGCUAAGUAUAGUAGACUUCGAGAUAAAUCUGCCCAAUCAUCAUUAAAUAAAGAAACCAUGAUCAGUAUAUCAAGUCAAGCCAGUGUUUCUAAAAUAGAUCAUAGUACGAGCACCUCUGAAGAAGGAAUUGAUACUGCAAAAGAAGGUAAAAAAACAGUGGCUCAAACUGAAUCUUCGCCACCCGAAAAAGAUAACUCUGAAGAGCAAAAACAAUUAUCAGGUCCAACGCAAGAUCGACAUUCGUUGAUGUCAUAUACGAGUGAAGAUGUGGAAGAACCGAAAAAGGAAAUAAUUGUUGAAGCUUCUGUACAUCCACAACCUCAAGUCUCGUCACAAGCAGAAAAAGAAGCACCACAGCCAAUUACUCAAAUAACUUCCAAUGUUAGCAUUUUAGUAGAAACUCCAAGAAAAGAUACUGAUAUUGAAAUAGCAAAAAUGGAAGAAAAAAUUGUAGAUACGACUGAACAGGAGGAAAAGAAAGAAGUUAGCGAACAAGUUGAAAAGUCGGAUGUUACUCCGAUAGAUAGUGAACAAAAAGAAGGGACAGGCAUAAAAAACAAAGAUUUGGAAUUACCACAAGAAAUCGAGGUAACCCAAAGUAUUAUAAAGAUAGAAGAUGAAUCUCAACCACCUUCUGGAGAUUUUGCACCACAAGUAGACGAAACCGAGGGUGGCAGUCAACAAAUUAGUAAAACAGCUGAAGGUGAUACAGAUAUUAAUAAAAAUGCAGCUCAAAAUGGCCAAACAGAUCUUCCAUUACAAGUAGUACCUGAUCAGACAGGUAUUCAAGGCUCAAGUAAACAAGAAAAACAAGAAGUAAUAUCAACAGAUGCACUUGAAACUGUUCACGAAAAAGAAUCAACUGAGAUUGAAAAACAAAUUAAAGUUAACGAACAGACAUUUCCAGUAAAUAAAUUAGAUGAAACCGUACCACAGCCUAGUGAAUCAGAUGAAAUACAUGCUUCCUCAGAGCAGAAAGAUAUUCUAAAAGAAUCUAAGAAGAAACAUGACGAGCAUGCCUCUAAACCUGAAGAAACAAGUUUGGAAAAGAACGGAAAAACAGAUCAAAAGAAAAAACUUAAAGAUAAAACUGUUACUGAAGUUAAAGCUAGGAGUAGAAAAAUUGAGAAGAGUGAAACUCAAUCUAAAGUACCUAAACCAAGAAAACACAAACAAGAAGAAGAUAGUAAGCAUUUAAGUGAUGUGUCAAGCUAUUCAGAAGAUGAGGAAUUUCCUGAGAGAUCUCAUAAAAGUUUUCGAAUUUUAACUGACAAAGAAUUGGAUGAAAUAGAUGAUACUAAAAGACGAAAGCCUAGACCCAAAAGAGAUCUCUCUGUAGAGGAACCUAGAUCCAAGUCUCUUGAAAAUAAAGCUAAAAAAGAUAUGACAAAGCGAAGCAAAAUUCCGUUGUUUAAGAGUAAUCUAUCUAAAAGUGAUAGGCAUUUGAAUCAAUCUUAUAGAGAAACUAAUUUAGACACUCGAAUUCCAUCAUUACCAAACAUCAGAGACGAACGUCAUAUGAUGAGGGAGCCAAUGAGAUGUGAUUCUAACAUGUCAGCUCCCUUGCUUACUUCUAUGUUGAGUGAUAAAGACAGAGACAGUAUUUCCGAUUUAGAAGACGAAAAGCGGAAUAUUACUAAAAGCAAGAGAUUUGUAAAAAGGCGAUCAAAAACACGAGAGGCUCGAAGUGCUGGAAGUGAUUACGAAAGCAGCAACUUGAUAGACUCAGGAUUUGAACCUAGCCCAAGAAGUACUAGAGUACCAAAAUGGAAGAAUAUGACAGAGAGAGGUGUCAAUAUGAUUUCGGUCACGCAGAAUAUUCAAACUAAUAUUAGAAGAUAUCACCUGGAAAGGAAGAUAUUCCAACAACUUCUAGAGCUAAAGCGUCACCAAAUACGAGCUGGCCAACACAACGAAGCUGUUCUCGUUAAAAGAGCUAUCGAUGCGUACCACAAAUCCUGCGCAUCCACGGUUGGUGUGGGUCGAUAUAUUACUGAAGACUAUACGUUCAAGAGUUUUGAGAAGUUUCUGUACGAAGCAUUGAGGAAGUUGCAACGAAAUGGUGCUGAAUAUAUGAGAGGAUUACCCGAAACGCCAGUCAAUCCUUUGUUAUGUACGAAAAGUACGAACAGAUGUAUGCAUGCUGCACAUGCCUAUACUGGUGUUCCUUGUGCAGCUUAUUUGCCCAAAAUGGACCAUCAUUCUAUACCCAAGAUAGGUUUCAAUUCAGUAGAAUGCAAACCAGGAACUGGAGGAUUCCUACCAACUAUUAACCCAAAGAAGGCUGUCACGUUGGAAUUAACGCACGGAAGUGAUAAGCAAAUCAUCUCUUUACCAACUAAUAAACUGGAUCAGAACAAGAGGUACUAUGUCACUUUUACGGUAAAGGGCCACGACGCGCCCUCUGACGCUGAUAAUGUGAAUAACAAUAACAAUGGGUCAGCUCAUAAGCAUUCUAAAAGUGAUUAGGGGUAAUAGAAUAAAUUGUUAUUUUAGGAAAUUUCUAAAUAAAUUGUGAGUGUUGAAAUGAUAAAAAUUCCAACCAGGAAACUCUUCCUUGGAUUCAAUAAAGGUGCCUUAAGCUUGUAAUUUUGCUAUCUAGUAGUCGAGUUAUUACAUUUAAUUAUUUGAAGGUUAUAUGAGCUAGUUUCCCAACUCAGGAAUCCCUGAGGCCAGUCUGAGCCCUAGAGCUGGUAGCUCCCUUAUUAGAAGCGGUGGCGAGAGGCCAAUCACCUAACUACCUUAAAUUACUUGAUUUUAGAAAUUUAUACAGAGAAUAUCCGGACGAACUCUUUGCAACGACCUUUGGCUUACGUAAACGGACAAGAAUCGGAUAUUGGAAUAUAAUAACCAUGAUUCAAUAUCACGCCUUGUACAAAUUUGUAAAGAAAUAAUAUAAACUUGACAUAUCUACUACGUCUCAGUGAGACAACUUGCCGAUAUACUCUGGUAAAAUGGAUGAAAGAAGACAUGAAAAUGGAGUAGAAUCAUAAUGUAAGCCAGUUUCCGAGCGUUAAUCACUGCAAAAAAUAGGAUAAAUUAAGAAAGGUGAAGCUGUUAUGCACCAACAGAAUAAGCAACUGAAUAAGAAAAAGAGGCUCUCUACGAAUACCUUGAAGCCACAUUGAAAAAAAUUACAAGAUUCGAUGUAAAAGUAGUUAUAAGAGCCUUCUACGCCAAGGUUGGCACUGACAACACCAACCUAGUUAGAAUUUGGGAAGCAGAAGAAAUGUCCGAGGAUUGGAAAGAAGGCAGAAUUAUACCAAUAUUUAAGAAAGGAGAAGUAACAAACUGUAACAACGAUAGAGGAAUAUCUCUACUCACUACUGAGUACAACGUAGAAAAUUCUUACAUCCCUCAUCAGACAAAAACUCACUCAAUUCACAGAAAAAAUUGGAGGCUACCAACAAGGAUUCAGAGAAGGCAGAUCCACUACAGAUAUGAUCCACAUAAUUACACAAACAAUCUAAAAAUGCUACGAACACAACACAAAUGCUACGAACACAACAUAUAACUCCAUAUCCUCUUCGUAGACUUCAGACAAGCAUUUGACUGUAUUGGAAGAAAUAAAUUAUUUAUUGAAAUGAAAAAUCAAGAUAUACCAGCAAAGUUAAUCGGAUUUAAAAAAUGACUAUGAAUGGAUCUCGAGUUAAAGUAACAACAGAGGAAGGUAGCAGAAAAUCAAUGGCAAUAGAAACAGGAGUGCGACAAGGCGAUUCCCUGUCAACCACAUUAUUCAACAUAGCAGUAGAAGGCCAACAAAAUGAAAGGAACUGUAGCCCACUCUUCUUCUUCUUGAUCGUGCCUAUCAGUGACGAAUGUUGGCGAUCAUCAUGGCAAUCUUCACUUUAUCUGCAGUAACGCGGAAACGCUGCCCACAUGUUGUGUUGAACCAAGUUCUGAGGUUCUUUAACCAGGAUGUUCUUCUCCUUCCUGGACCUCGCUUUACAAAUAUUUUUCCUUGCAGGAUGGCUUGUAGGAGGGCAUAUCUGGAUUAAUUUCGCAUAAUGUGUCCAAAGUAUUCUAACUUUCAAGAUUUGAUGGUGGUUAGUACCUAUCGGUUCUUCCCCAUUCUUCUAAGGACCUCCUCAUUUGUGACCCGAUCAGUCCAUGGAUUUAAGAAUUCUCCGAUAUAGCCACAUCUCAAAUGCUUAAAUAGACCACUCUUCAACACAAAUAGUUGCAUAUGCAGAUGAUAUAGUUCUGAUGGGAAGAGAUAAGGAAAGAUUAAAAGAAGCAGUAACAAUCCUGACAAAGGAAGCACGGAAAAGAGGUCUAGAAAUUAACGAAGGAAAAACAAAAUAUCUACUCUGCUCUAGAAGAGGAGAUAACAGGACGAGAGAAAUCAAAACAGAAAACUACACUUUUGAAAGAGUUCAACAAUUUAAAUAUUUGGGAGUAAUAGUGAAUGGAUAAAAUAAGAAAAGUGAAGAAGUAACGGAGCGAAUACUAGCAGGCAACAAAACAUAUUGGAAACUGGAGAUAUCAUAGGCUAAUGAAGGACAAGAACUUAUCCAGAAAUACAAAACUGAAAAUAUACAGAGUUGCAAUCGGACCAGUAGUUACGUACGCAGCUGAGACAAUGUGCCUCACGGAAAAAGAUGAAGAAAAACUGAGAAUAUUCGAAAGGAAAAUCCUCAGACGGAUUAUGGGCCCGAUAAGAAUGGACAACGGAGAAAUGAGAAGAAGAAUGAACCAUGGACUAAGAGACCUAAUGAAGGGAGAAGAUAUAGUUAGAUUUACUAAAGCGCAGAGACUGAGAUAACUGGGACACAUAGAGAGAAGGAAAAACGACCUACUGAUUAAGAAGAUCACCAGAUAGAAACCAGAAACUAAAAGACCAAGGGGAAGACCCAAAGAGAGAUGGGAGGACCAAGUCAUGAGAGAUAUCAAAAUUCUUGAAGUGAAAAACUGUAAGGAACUAUGCACAUUGCACAUAUCGAAAUUAGUGGAAGAUAGUCCAGAAAGCCACUGCGCAUCCGCUAGGAAAAAUAUUCCGAUUCGGA